AUGGACGAGAGAGGAAGCGAUAAGGCAAAGGCGGAGUUAGCUUUGCAAGUUCGUUUCAAUGAAAGGAGUAAAGGUUCGAAAGGGAAAUGGCCUUCGAAAGGGAAGCAAGGCGAUGGUGAACCUAAACAUUCGAAGGGACAAAAGGGUGAGAGCAGCAACUCAAACGGUUAUGGUGAUCGGAGCAACGCGAGAGGUGGAAAACCAAGAGACAUGAGCAAAAUACAAUGCUGGAAAUGCAAGAAACUUGGGCAUUUUCAAGCAAAGUGUGAUGCUAAACAGCUUGAAACUAAAGGGGAUGAAGCCAAGGUUGCUAGGCAAGAGGUGGAUGAUGAAGCCACACUCUUAAUGAUGAUUACCGAUGAGUGUGAUGGCAUGACGGAGGUGCUGGACAGCAGCUGCAAGUCACGGGACAGCAGCUACAGCAGUGCAGAAAAUGCGACAGUUUUGAGUUCGGAACAAAAUGUGAUGAUUUCGGUUCGUGAUGGAACUCAAGGGAAUGAGGAGUGGUACCUAGACUCCGGAUGUUACAAUAUACGGUUGGAAGAUAAGAUUUUGCGGGUUAUUGAUGCUAGUGGAGUGUUGAUCCUAAAGGCUCCCAUGGCUACCAAUAGGACUUUCAAAGUUGAGCUGAAAGUAUUGGAGCAUAGGUUCUUAGCUACAGCUGCAAGUAGAGAGGAGUGGUUAUGGCAUUAUCGUCUCUGUCACUUGAAUUUUCGUGAUCUCAAAGCGUUGUAA